AGCAACAAGGCUCUUCUCUCUCUUCUUUUUGCCCAUUUCUCUCUGUUGGCUCUCUGAUUUUACACACAUAUAUACACGCCGUUCCUCUAAUAUCUGUACAUUUCGGAAGAUGGCGAAGCUUACUUUGGCAACUUUUCUUCUGGUGGCUUUUCUCUUCAGCUCCUUCUUCUUUGAUGCCACCAUGGCCGGCUCAAGCUUUUGCGACUCCAAGUGCGCGGUGAGGUGCUCGAAGGCGGGAAGGAAGGACCGGUGCUUGGAGUACUGUGGGAUUUUCUGCGACAAAUGUCAGUGCGUCCCGUCCGGGACAUACGGCCACAAGGACGAGUGCCCUUGUUACCGGGACAUGAAGAACUCCAAGGGACAGCCCAAGUGCCCUUAAUGUGAUCCUUUUUCUUGUUAAUUUAGUAUGGCCAAUAUGAAUAUUUUGCUGCGUCUGUGGUUAUGCAGUCGAGUGUACGUUGUCCAUAUCGUUGGUGAUGAUUCUAUGUAAUAAUACUGUGGGAUGUAUUUCUUUUUUUUUUUUUUUUUUUUUGGGUGAUAUCAUCCCUUUUAUCGUGCUUAUUGUAAACCACAUAACUAAUAAAU